AUGUACAGCGAUAUUAUCAAUAUCAGAUAUGCUAAAUACAGUGAUAUAGCUGCUAUAACAGAUAUCUAUAAUUACUCGAUCAGACAUGAAAUAUCAACUUUUGAAGAGGUUGAGAUUUCAGUGGAUGAAAUGAAGGCUAGGUACGAAGAAGUCGUUAUAAAAGAGAAACAUCCGUAUAUUGUUGCUACUACUAGAGGCAAAGACGGAGAGAUAGUAAUUGGCUAUUGUUACCUUCUUAGAUACCGUGCAAGAUCAGGAUAUCGUUAUACCAGUACCGACAGCAUCUAUAUACAUCAUGAGCAUCGUGGAAAGCGUGUUGGUUCAUUGUUAUUGGAGAGGAUAAUCGAAAUUGCAAAGGAAAUGAAUUACUAUAAUAUGAUUGGUGUUGCUAGUGGUGGCAAUGAUGUUUCCAUCAAGCUACACAAAAGAUUUGGUUUUCGAUUCCUUUGUUCAAUGGAAAAUGUCGGUCUAAAGUUCAAUCAAUGGAUCAACACAGACUACUUUCAACUUAACUUCCAACUCACCCAAUAA